UUCUCCUAGAAAGGAUGUUUUCUACAACCUCGCUUGAUCCUGCUCCUCGCCAUCGUAAAUCUAAACCAUUUCCAUCGUUUACGAAACCUAAUCUCGUUGGUUUUUUUAGUCUCGAUGCCGAUCGGCAAUAUGAUGGUUCCGCAGUGCAGCUGAAGUAUCUCUCCUUGCCACCCGAAUCGAGAACCAACUUACGUCUCGAUCUGAACGAAGGAUUUGAAAUCCGCCGUCUCAAACCGGACAGCGCCAAAGGGGAACGAAUCGACAUGUUGCUAAAAUUCAUUCAGCAAAACGAAAUCGCGAACCUGUGGACUCGGAGGCUGCCGGAUGAUGAGCUAGCCGAUGGAAACAUGCUCCGGCGGUUGCGGUACGAUUUUGUGUGCUUCCGAGGUUUACUCCGACUGAUCGCCUGCACACCGUACGAGUGGAAAACGGGCUGGAUCAUACAGGCGAUACGGUACCGUGACACAAUCUAUCUGUGCGAAAAACCGACCGUGGAAAAGCUGGAGGCGGAACGGAACGAAACUGAGCAGCAGAAACUCUUCUACUAUGGUUUCAAAUUCGAGCAGCACAUCCUGACGGACGAACCGAAUGAAAAACCGGACACAUCCGAACCGGUGGUGAUCGGUGAAGAGUUUUGCUCCAUGUUCGACAGCACGCUGGGAGGCAGCAGGAUUCUUUACGGGGCGGAAAUGGAUGGCAUCGUGACGGAUUCACCCCUCGAUCGGGAACGGUUGUGCGUGGAUGAUCUGCGCCGGCAGGAGUUUGUGGAGGUCAAAGUGAAGCGGAAGGAAACAACCCAACGGCAGAGGGAUAACUUCUAUCGUUUCAAGACGAAAAACUGGUGGUGCCAAAGUUUCCUCGUGAACGUGCAACGGUUGAUCGUGGGCCUGCGGGAUGACGAUGGAAUUGUGCGUGAGAUCACGGAAAUGCACUUGAAAGACAUUGACCGUGAAUCCCGGCAGCAUUGGUCUGCGGCAGUUUGUAUGAAUUUUUGUGCGGAAUUCCUGCGGGAGGUAGCGGACAUUAUGCACCAGGUGGACAGCUGUCGAACGGUGUACCAGUUCGAGUAUAGCUCGACGGACAGCCGGCUCGUACGAUAUCGUGUGCUAGAUGAAGGACAUUCCGAUGAAUUUCUCCCCAGCUGGUACACGGAGUUUGUUGAAGGAAUGCAGCCGAAAGGAAAGCAGAAUAAAACAUAGAAAAAACGGUAUUUGUUCACUGUAUCCUACGAGGUUUAUUUCGCACUUCCGACUUUCGACCUUUAGUUCAUGUCGGAUAAUCCCGGCCUACGUUGAUCGAAUUUUUUUGCCGGUCGAAACGGUCGCUGCUGUUGCCGCCCACCACGCGUG